AGAAAGAGCGCGCGUGUGAUGUGUUUGUGUAUCCUCAGUGUUUUCUCUCUUGCGUGUUUCAUUGAGUUUAAGCAGAGUCUUGUCUCUGUGUAUUUAAGUGUUGAGAAGUUGAUGAUGAGAUGUGCUGAGCUGUAAAUGAGUAGGAACUGAUCUGUCCAUGCUGGAUAUAUUGAUGAUUUCAUCACAGAAAUCUCUUAGCUGAAGAAAGAGGUGGCGUUACUGGAGACAAAGCGGAGGUCAAGAGGAGAUUUAGCAAUGAAUCGAGAGGAUGGGGAAUGUUGUGAAUCUUCAGUGUAUGCGACUGAUGAUGGGAGUCUGGAUUCAGUGUGGAUGAGCAGAGAUCAGAGCCGCACACCACAGCCACUGCUGGACUCUAAACUCUCUGAAGAGAAAUCCAGACACACACAGGACUCCGAGCUCAGUCUGACUUUACUCUGUUAUACUGAGUCAAAGCCCACAGACACUCAGGACACUACAAUGUGUGACAGUAAACAGAGCUUACAGGAGGAUCAAACCUCCACAGAGUCUCUGGAUUCUGUCUGUAAUGCUGGAGAACAGCAGCAGAUCCUGCAGACCAAACUGAAGAUGUGUUCAGUUAAACUCAUCAACUGCACGAACCUCAUGAUGAAGAUUAAAACUGAACCCACAGAAAUCAAAACUGAACCCACAGAAAUCAAAACUGAACCCUCAGAAGAAGAAGAUCGCUCUGAAGAAGAUGAUGAUUUUAUUCCAUUAGAUGUGAAGAGUGAUUCAUGUUUGGAUAUAGAAAUAACGUCCUCAACAUCAAAAGAGCGACUGACAGCACAAACUCUUUCGUGCAUCAUCUGUGGAAAGACAUUCAGCUCACAGAGACUUUUAGAGAGACAUGAGAGAAAACACACAGAACAGAAACUCUUCACCAGAUCUGAGAUCAGCUUUACUACCUUACAAGAGAAGAAACUUCAUUCAGAAGACCACAGAGAGAAGAAGAAGAAGAAGAAGCAGUUUCACUGUGAGCAGUGUGGGAGGAUUUGUGUCUCUUCCUAUAAUCUAAAGGUUCACAUGAGGACACACAGUGGGGAAAAGCCUUUCAACUGCACUGAAUGUGGAAAAUACUUCAGAACCAAAGACCAUCUUCAAGUUCAUCAGAGAGUUCACACAGGAGAAAAACCUUACGAGUGUCCUCAGUGUGAGAAGAGAUUUAGGCAUAAAUGUGUUUUAAAGACACAUGUGCUUUCACACAUCGAUGAGAGACCUUAUCAGGGCAGUGAAUGUGACAAAACCUUUAGGGAUUCAAGUUCAUUAAAAAAACACCAGAAUAUUCACUUCAAAGAGAAACUCUAUCAGUGUUCACACUGUGAUAAACGUUUCUGUCAUAAAUAUCAGCUGAUAAUCCAUGAGACAUUGCACACUGGAGAAAAAACUCAUUACUGUAGUGUCUGUGGAAAGAGUUUUAGUCGACAUGAAAGUUUAGUGACACACCUGACAAUUCAUACAGGUGACAAACCUUACAAAUGCUCUCAGUGUGACAAGAUGUUUACUUCUUCAUCUUCCUUAAAAGUCCAUCAGAGAGUUCACACUGAAGAGAAACCUUAUCACUGUUGUGUCUGUGGGAACAGUUUUAGUCUAAAGGCUACCUUAAUAAAGCACCAGACACUUCAUACAGAUGAAAAACCUUUCAAAUGCUCUCAGUGUGACAAGACGUUUACUUCUUCAAGUAACUUAAAAGUCCAUCAGAGAGUUCACACUGGAGAAAAACAACAUCACUGUAGUGUCUGUGGGAAGAGUUUUAAUCGACAUGACAAGUUAGUGAUACACCUGAGAAUUCAUACAGGUGAAAAACCUUACAAAUGCUCUCAGUGUGAAAAGACGUUUACUUCUUCAUAUUCCUUAAAAGUCCAUCAGAGAGUUCACACUGGGGAGAAACCUUAUCACUGUAGUCUCUGUGGGAACAGUUUUUAUGGACAUGACAGUUUAGUGACACACAUGAGAAUUCAUACAGGUGAAAAACCUUUCAAAUGCUCUCAGUGUGACAAGACGUUUACUUCUUCAUAUUCCUUAAAAGUCCAUCAGAGAGUUCACACUGGGGAGAAACCUUAUCACUGUAGUGUCUGUGGGAAGAGCUUCUCUAGUUCAUCUCAAUUAAUAGUUCAUCAGAGAGUUCAUACUGGAGAGAAACCUUACAUCUGCGCUCACUGUGGAAAGAGCUUCUCUAGGUCAUAUAAUUUAGAAGUCCAUCAGAGAGUUCAUACUGGAGUAAAACAGCAUCACUGUAGUCUUUGUGGGAAGAGUUUUAGUCAUCAGUCAAACUUACUAAGGCACCAGAGAGUUCAUACUGGAGAGAAACCUUACGUCUGUCCUCACUGUGGAAAGAACUUCACUAGGUCAUAUAAUUUAGAAGCCCAUCAGAGAGUUCAUACUGGAGAGAAACCUUAAAGGAACAGUAUGUAAGAAAUUGAUAUCAAUUAAUCAUAAAAUGGCCCUAAUAUGUCACUAGACAUUAAGAAAUAAUUUUCAUUUCAAAUACUUAUAUCACUCACAACAGUGGUCCGGCCAGCAUAUUGUUAUUUAAAAAUUGGAGUUCCAGCCCUCAACUGAAGUUAAGAACAUGGGGGCCCCUUAGUGGUGCGGGCCCUACGCAGCUCGCGUAGCCUGCUUAUAUGGAGGAUUGGCUUUGAUCAUCUGUUUGACUUAUGUGUAAAACUCCACCAAACAUGGGCACUCUGGUAACUUAACAGUCACAUGAAAGUCCAUGACAUGUGAUAAUGAAGGUGUUAUUAUCAUCAAGUCAAGUGUUAUUUUUCUAGUUGUUCACCUCGCUUUCAGAGUCAUUGAUACACUGUUUGUUGUUUUUAUAUCCAAGAAGCACACAAAGAACACUUUUCCUGUCAUCACCUCACCUUAGACCUGCAGCAUAGUUUCAGCAAAGAUGCUUAUAUUAUAGAGAUGGCAACCUUUCAUUAGACAACAUGUAACAGUCAACUUGGCUAGCAUGUAGCGCCCCAGCCAGUCAAUGAUCAGUGAUAUAUGUUGUGGGCGUUCAGACUAUAACGACAGCCAGUUACCGUUUACAGUUUCUUGCCAGAAUAUAACAUUACAUUUUAAUCUGUUCUUUUUAAAAUGGCUUCUGGUCUCCUUCCCCGUGUACAGCAGCGUUGCUAUCCUAAUCUUGUAGGCUUCCUUGAAGAGGGUCUUUGCUUUCAGUAUUCUAACUGUAUUUGCAUUUUCUGUAUCAGACCAUCUCAGAUCCACUGCGGAUGCCAUUUCGUGCGUUGGCCCAGGUGUGUGUUUGGCAUCGAGCAUCGUUGUGAUUGUAAAAAAGGACAUCCCUCAAAAGUGGACUCUUCCAAACUCCCCUGCCUCUAUUCGCGAGUUGGACUGAUCCAAAAGUUGCGGUGAAGUUACGAAAUUGUUAUCAGUAGCCGUUUCUCAAUAUGCGUUCUUGUCUAUACUUGCGUUCUUGUGGACUUGUGAAACGUCAUCAGUCACGGCCCAAGUACUGUUCCAAUUCAAAGUUCGCAUCAAGCCCAAGUUCACAUAAAAUCCCUGAAUGUGUUCUUGAUCCGCCCAUUUUAUCGAGGAUGCAUCAGAGGAGACUUGCGUGGACUUAUGACAGCAAAGUUUCCCAGAAUGCAUUUCGCGUCAGGAGUUCGUUCUUCCGAGUCUGAACUUGCAAGAUCGAACUACGAAGGACACAAGUCCAAGUUUGGCGUACUUGGUAUUGAGAAACGGCUAGUGAGUGAGGCUGCAAAGAUGCGCUGUAGACCGUUAAUAACAGUUAAAUUAGUUAGAAAUGUCAUGAUUAACUGACUUUUGGAUUGUGUGUGCGUGCAACUGAUUGUAAGUAGGCUAUUUUCUGGAUAUUAGUGAUUAAUAUAUGGUUAAGGGAUGUAUAAGAGUGCUAUCGCGACAUUACGUUUGAAUGCAUAAUAAUAAUUCGGUUUGCAUAUUACUGCAUAAUGUCACUUAAAGUGCCCAUCUUAUGACUGCUUUUCCACAAGUUAUAUAGGUGUAUGAGUUCCAUAAAGCAUGUUUCAAAAGUUGUUUGCUCGAAAUAGCUUGUAGGAAAAGAUUGUUACCCAUCUUUAGUAGCCUCUGUUUCAGGGCAUUUCAGAUUGUGCCGUUUUGAGCUAGUCAUUACAUAUUUAUGAGCUGCUGCUCCUUUGAUCACGCCCCACUACUAACGUCAUGUGCCCGUGCGCAUGCUCAGUGGUCUCGUGAGCAGUACAGACCAUACUGUGUUAUUAUUUUAUAUAUUAUUAUUAUUAUUAUUAACGGUUUAUGUUGCCAACAGACAAAUCAUACAGAAAAGUAUCACUAAUAAGUACACUACAGGAGAAGAAACUCAUGACACACAAUGAUUCCUGAGUAAAUUGUGAUGUUACGUUAGCAGUCACAACAACAAACUCGUUUUCCCUGGACAAUGCUAACAUAUUCCCAUUAUAAAACAUUUUCAAACACAUUAUUUUCGCAAAUUACAUAAAUUAAGACCCGGCGGGGGAUGUAUACAAUGCUUGUGGACCGCGUGCUAAUUGCUAGAAGCUAGCGGGAGGUCCGGACCGUAAAGUUUUAAGAGGCUCGGGGGUUAGCAUCGUCAGAAAAGCCGGGGCUGUAAGGCCCGGUCUCGGUGUGUCAAACUCAUCAUGACACAAAGAUUCCAGCGUAAAUUGUGAUGUAGCAGUCUCAACAAUACACUCGUUUUCCCUGGACAAUACUAACAUAUUCCCGUUAUAAACAUUUUCAAACGCAUUAUUUUCGCAAAUUACAGAAAUUAAGACCUGGAGGGGAAUGUAUACUGCUUGUGGACCGCAUGCUAAUUGCUAGAAGCUAGCGGGAGGUCCGGACCGUGUAUAUAUCUAUGCGGACCGUAAAGUUAUUAGAGGCUCACCUCGUCAGAAAAGCCGGGGCGUACGGUCUCGGUUAGUUUGGCAAAAAGCUUUUAGCGCUAGCAUCAUAAAUGUAGUAUUUUGUGACAGAAGAUGACAACAUGCAAAAUAUAACGUGACUUCUUACCUUUUUUUGUUGAUAUACAAAGAUCGCGAAUCGAAUCCAGUCUGUUUCAGAUGUGUGAAUGAUCCAUGAAAGUCCAAUAAAAUACAUCCAAUUACCAUUUUUGUCCACAAAUGCUUAUAAUCCGUGAAAUAUAGAUACAUAGUCUGUUGUUUACAUCAGAUUUCGCAUGAAGGUCUUAUCGCCUACAAUCUGAGGACUGUUUGCGUCGUAACACAGUGUAUAUAAGAUACUCCGGGUUCCAAUAAUCACGCGUUAAAACUUUGUUUUUAAAAGUAGGUGGGAGUAUAAUCCAUAAUAUCCAAAUAGCGCUGUUAUUUCCGUGAGACAUGAUAACAGCACAGAGGGUCUCAUUCAAGUGACUGCUCUAUGCUCUCUAGCUACCUGGUGGGUGGAGACCUGCGAGUGGGGUGGUGGGCGGGAAAAUUCAAACUGAAUGUGACAAAACUUUUUGUUACGUCACAACGGAGCUGAGUUUUAACUCCCGCAAUCUGAGACUCAAGGCAGAGGACAUUCAGAAACCUGUAUCUCACUCAAAACAGCAUGGAUGGAUUUUUUUCCAAGUUUGUAUGCGUGUGGGAGCAUCAGAGACACAAAAUAACACCCCAAAACCCAGAAAAAGUGAGUUUUUCAUAAUACGGGCACUUUAAAUAUCUUGUUUUAACGCUAUAUCAUGAUACUGUGUUGUUUAUAAGUAAAGUAAUUAAGGCUGCUCUUAUGUUAUAUUAUUAUAUGAUACCAUUACAAAUGUGUCUUGGAACAUGCCGGUCAGUCUGCGCUGUUAACAUGCAAUAUAUCGCGGGCAGUACUAUUAAAUAGCCAAUGAAUAAUGUUGUAUUAAUGUACCUGAGUUUAUAUUUGUUUCUUUCAUGUGACAUUUAAUAUGCUGCUUAUAACUAAGAUUUAAGUAUUGUUUAUAGAUCUGUGAAUGUACACUUUUGCUAAAUAUUUGUAUCUUGUUUAUGUUUACAAAACCACACAUACAUGCCAUUAAGAAUAAAUAAUCAAUAAGUA